AUGGCCAGGUUGAGGAUGUUUCUACUUCUGCUGCUGGCCCUGCCACCACAGCCCUCCUCCUCACUGCCAUGGCCAGACACCGCACAGGGCACCAUGGCAGGCCUAAUCCUGACUGCGCUCGAGAAAGCCACCUCGUUCCUGGAGGACAGGCUGCCUAAUAUCAAUCUGGACGGUGCAGUGGGAUUCCAAGUGUUGGAAGAGCAACUCCAAGGAGUCCAGAAAAAAUGGGCUUCCGACACCCUGCUGCUGCCUCUCAGCCUGCGCGCUGGACAGUUGGCCAACACGCUGUCUGUUCUGCUCCAAAAGUCCAUCUUCUACCUCAAGAAGAGUGACCCCACAUACCUAAGAGAGUUCCAACCAAGCAUUCAGCCUGGGUUUUGGAAGCUGCCCCAUGCCUGGACACGCACCAAUGCCUCCCUGAUCUACCCCUGGCUGGAGCCCGUGGAUUCAUUCUCAGAGGAAAGCAGCGAUGCAUGCCUGGUGCAACUGCUAGGAACAGGGACAGACAGCAGCCAGCCUUGCAGGCUCUCCAGUUUCUGCAGAACCCUAAUGACUAAGGCCGGCUGCUCAGACUACAGCCUGUCCCAUCAGCUGCUCUUCUUCCUCUGGGCCAGAAUGCAAGGGUGCACCGAGGGGCUGUUCCGCCAGAGCCAGCACUACAUAGACAUCUUCUGUGCCAACAUGAUGGAACUGAACCGGAGAGCUGAAGCCGUCGGAUAUACCUACCGCACCCGAGACCUCUUCAUGGAAAACAUCAUGUUCUGCGGCAUGGCCGGCUUCUCCGACUUCUACAAGCUGCGCUGGCUGGAAGCUAUUCUCAGCUGGCAGAAGCCCCAGCUGGGAUGCUUCGGGAAGCCUGAUGCAGAGGGGGAGCUUCCGGAAGACAGGCCACAUCGGCAGGGCGUUCUGAGAAGAGCACGAAGGCGGGAGAAACUGUUCACAGAUGGCUGUUCUUGCCACAACACAGCCACCGCAGUCGCAGCCCUGGGUGGCUUUCUCUACAUCCUGGCAGAAUUCCACCCAGACAGUGGAGAGCCACAUCCACCCGCACAGUCACCAGAGAGCAACUAUCAAGAUGGCACUCCCAUACCUGAGAGCCAGAGGACUGGCAUGUCUUCUUAG